AUGAAUAAUAGCGAUGCGGGAAGUUCGAUGGAGCAAUUCGUAAAGAUGCCCGUGUAUGUGGGCUUUCUGAUCAAGAUGACGGCGCAGUUGCUGUCGCAUCCCAUGGAGCUGGUUCGAGUCAAUAUCCAGGCAAAUGUCAUCCAUCAUAGUCGUCUGAGCAUGCGAAAUAUGUUCCGGCUGAUGGCCAGGCAUGGAUUACCCGGAUUUUAUUACGGCAUAGUGGCCUCCGGGCUGCGCUGCACCGUGCACACCUUGUCCACAUAUACCCUAUUCUACAAUUUACGGGAUAACAAGUAUGUGCUGAUGCUGAAGCCGUAUAACACCAGUACGGUCUUGGGGGUAACCGGAUUUUGGAGCGGUGUCCUGGCUACACCGUUUGCCAAACUUGCGGUCAUUCGGCAGGCGGAUCUGACGCGCGGCUCCUACCAAAGACGAAACUAUCGGAAUUUCUGGCAAGGACUCAAAUGCAUGUACAGGAAGGGAGGAUUCGUAUAUUUAUUUACCGGCUGGAAGAUAAACGCCUUUUCCAGCACAUCCGUGGCCAUGCUGUACAACCCCGUUAGCGAUAAGGUCCAUACGCUGAUAUCGUGGUUCCACGGACUCGACGAGCCUUGGCUCAGCGAUCUCAUUACUAUGGCUCUAACCGGCGGCAUUAUUACGGUCAUCAUGACUCCUGUGGAUGGCAUAGCCAUUCUGACGUUGAACGAAUCCUCCAACUAUGGUCGCCACUCCUACGCAUACAUGUGCCAGAAAAUAAUAAAAAGACACGGCUACAGAGGCUUCUUCUUUGGAUGGAGGCCGGCACUUAUGGCCCUUGUACCACACACCCUGUUGGCAACAAUAGUAUAUCGUGUAUUACUAGAUCGCUACUUAUCAUAAAGUCAACCAUGUUUAUUCCAAAA